GCGGUGUCUCAGUCUCCAUUCGGCUCUCAUUUUGUUCAGUUCGUAAGACCCCGACGCGCCAGCAAGAACCAGAGGCAGAGACAACGUUAUAUGCCCACCCCCUCGCGCGCUCGCUUCUGGUGGCCCGCGCAGCCUUUCCGUGUCCGCCGUGUCCGUGUCCCGUGUCUGCGAUAGUGAGUGUCCCGUGCCUGUUGUGCCUUAGGUGGCCCCACAGCGAAAUGGCAAUGAGAUUCAAGCAGCUCUAAAAGCGUGCCACAAAAGAGGACUUUGAAAGAACAACAAAACGAAGCGCUAACGAAAAACUCUCAGCAGCAAAUGCGAAAAUGCGAAAUCACAAGGAAAAUGGAAACCGUUUGACGGUCAGCUCAUCAUCCUCCUCCUCCGCCUCCUCCUCGUGCUCCUCCAGCAGCACGACGGAUCUGAGCAGCAGCGGGAACGGGAGCGGGAAUGGAAACGUAAACAGUCUGCAGCAGCAGCAGCAGCAGUCGGAGAAGAUUUCGGUGGUGUCCAAGUUGCUGCUAAAGACCGCUGGCAUUGGUGUUAAGGAUAAUUCACAGCCACGAAGGGAUGCCACAACCAACAGCAAUAGCAAUAGCAACAGCAACAGCAACAACAGCAAUGCCAGCUUCAGUUCCGCAUCGAUCGCCGGCUCCAUCAUACAGGAUCACCAUCAGCAUCAGCAGCAGCAGCAGCACCAACAAUGGGAACAGCAACAACAACAGCUCCGAGAGCACUUCAUCGACGGAAACCCUGAAAUGGCUGGGCUCCAUGAGCGAUAUAUCCGAGGCGAGCCAUGCCACGGGCUACAGUGCCAUUGCGGAAUCGGUUUCCUCCUCGCAGCUGAUUGUCCACAGCUCCCGGGUGCUGACCCCCAAGCGACACCACAGCGAGAGCGUGCUCUACCUGCACGACGGUGAUCCCCCAGCGACACCGACAACAACGACAACGACGAUGACGUUGACCUCCUGCUCGCCCACAGAGAGUUGCUCCUCGCAGCACGUCCAUGGCCAUGCCACACAGGCCUCGGAGGACGGGAGCAG